AUGCCGAGUUCGUGUAAAGACCUGCGCCAGGCGCUGGCGGAAUGUCUGCAGGAAUCAGACUGUAUCAUGGUCCAGCGGAAUACACCUCAGGAAUGUUUGCGUUCUCCCAACCUCGAGCAACUGCCCGUAAAGUGUCAGCAGCUGAAGAAGGGUCUUAGCGAGUGCAAGAGAGGAAUGGUAGACAUGCGCAAGCGAUUUCGCGGCAACCAGCCCUUCCAUCUUGCCAAGGAGACGGAUAGUGCUACGGGCGAGGUAGUCGAGAAGAAGAAACCGGUUCCUCAACUGUACGCUGGACGACCGGCGUUCCAGGCCGUUCAGGAGAUAAGUGGUGAUGAGGUGCAGAUGGACCCUGAGAAGACAAGGGGUUUGUAA